GCGUUUUAUAUACUAUAUGUGUACUACCUCAAUACUUUAUAUAAAUACGUUAUUAGCAUAAAUCAUUCUAACAGUAAGUAACAAUGCCUCAAGCAGGACGGACGAGCAUCAACAACAGCUACAGCUAUGAGUGGAUUUCACUGCUGGUAAUGUUGAUAUUGCCGAGCUUUACAACAACCCAAUUUGCGUCAUCGUUGUAUAACAGACAGUUUUAUGACCACAAUCAACAGCAGGUACAGCAACAACAAGGCUUUGUCUAUCCGGACGCACCAGUGACCUACAAUCAGAAAUAUCCUGCAUCUGGUCAGUCCGUAUGGUCGAGUGCUCCUAUUGUUGUUAACGACGAGGCCAAUAGCCUCCAGCUGGAGCAGCAGCAACAGGAUCGCCAUUAUUUGCCCAUUAAUUACUACAGCAAUAGAGAGACGGACAGACGGCAGACCAAUUGGAUGAACGACAACGACAACGAGAACUACAACUACAAUGUGCCGACUACACGUGCUGCCAAUCACAAUUACAACAAUGUGCCAGGCUACUUUUACCCCACACAACAACAAAUUCAACAUCAAGUGCAACCACAAUCCCAACAAGAAGUGGAGCAACGUGAACUGCUUGCGGUGGCCGAUUCCCAUCGGGAGGAGGAGCAAAUCGUUCGCAUUGGUGGCAGUCGCUCACUAUCCCCCAUUCCCAAUGAUUACUUUGAUGCACCUCAGUCGUUGCAACGUCGCGACUUUGAGGCUAAAUAUGCCAAGCACUUUGCCGACUAUGUGCGCAAAUAUCCACAACGAUUGCAGCCGUUGUUCAACACUGGCACACCAUAUGUUGACAAGUGAACAACAACAACAACAACAAAACAAUUUGGGUCAGCAAUUUCAGAUAAAUUCCUCUACUUUAUUCAAUAAAACGCAAAUAAAUGUAAAUUGAAUGCAUCCCCAGUGCCAAACAAAAAUGCUGUGCGUGUGCCAA